UCAAAGCGAGUCUUUGUUCUAUAAUCGUCUUGUCUUGCAGUUUGUUGUUUGGUGUAAUUAGUGUUUCAAAAUGACCUCCAGCCCAAACCACGCGACUCUCCACAGCCAGGAGCUGGACGAGCGCAAAUCCCUAGCCUUUAGCUGGUUCAUGGGCAUAAUCAACGUGGACGACCUGUUCGCUUGUGCCGUGUGCCACAGUCGGGUCGACACCGAACAUCCGCUGCACUGUCCCGAGUGCUCGAAGCUCUUCUGCGGUGGCUGUCUCCGCCAGUGGUACAGCUCCCGGAACGCAACCCAGCGUUGUCCGUGCUGCCAGCGGGCACUCGGCUCCGAGCAGUUCAUCUACUGCCGGGUGUACCAGGAGGUCAACGAAAUGAUCGAUCGUCUCCCGUCCAAGCUGGACGAACUCAUCCGGCUGAUCAAUCAACCGCUGCGAGUUUGUGCCCACCACGGCAAGGAACUGCUCCUGUUCUGUGAACCCUGCCGCGAGUGCCUCUGCGUCAAGUGUCUCUUCGGCGAUCCCCACCGCGCUCACCUCGAGCAGGUCUCGGAACUCCAAGAGGCACGUCAAAAGUUUCAAGCCAUCAUCGAUUCGGAGAAAAACUUCCUCGCUGAGCGACUCUCGACCCUGUCCAAGAUGAGCAAACGGCUCGAGUCGAACGAGCACGAUAUGGUCGAGGAGAACGACCGCAUCGUGGAGAAUGUCAACUGGGCGACGGAGCAGAUCGUUGAGAAGCUGCGCGAUGGGCUGCACGAUCGGAUGAGGCAGCACGUGGAACCGGUCAAGGCAAUCGCCCAGCAGCAGUACGCCGAGGUGGAGGAUGUUAUGCAGCGGGCGGUGGAGUUGAACAAAGAGGAAACUUGCGCCACCGUGAUGAUGGAAACGUUUGAGCUGGCGGAUAUGAUUAGAAAAAUGCACUCUGAACCGCUGCCGCAGGCACAGGUGCCGAACAUGGAGUUUGUCAAUCCCAUCACACCUCCGUUCGUGGAGCUGAGCUUCCUGAUUCGGGACUUUUCCCAGAAAAUCUUCCUUCUGCGCCGAACCCUUUCGGAGGAACAGUCCAUCGAGGGGUUCACCUUCCGCCUCAAGGGCCACCAGGAUCUGGACGAAAACGGGAACGAAGUUAUCAAGCUGUCCCUGGUAGUGGUAGAUGGGUACGACGUGCAUGACGUUAAGGUUAUCUGCUACCCGAAGCAGGGCACGACGGUGGAACCGCUGGUCCGGCUGAUGGACUUGAAGCUGAACGAGGACAAUACGGUGCUGGAGUUUUCGGAUUUUGUGUCGAUGGAGGGCUUUCUGACGGAGGUAACUGAUGUGCUUAAUUUGCGGAUCAAGUUCAGGUUGUGGGCCACGUACUAUCACAAGUGUGUCCACAAGGAUUGGUACAUCGGGAGAUUGUCCGGGGUUGAGAUGAAGCCCAAGAUGGAGGGAAGAACGCGUUAUUGAUGAAAGUUUCAAGCGAAAAUUAAUUU